AUGGUAACGUUGGCAAAUAACUGGACUCAGGUUCCUGCUCAAGAAACUUGCAAACUGCCUAAACAGUUUAAUACGAAAGGAACAAAAGGGUCAGCAUUUUCGACAGUUUCACUAGAGUUUCAUAAUAAAGAAGACUGUAACAUUAAUUUUCUAGAACAUGUGACAGUCGAUGUAGAAUUCUCGUACUCAAGAUACCGUGGUGACACUGAAAUAUAUUUGAAAUCAUCAAGUGGAACAACCAGCCACAUACUUACGUAUAGGCCUUUCGACUCGUACGUAUAUAGCGAUAGAGGGGAUCUGUCAUGGACGUAUAUGUCCGUUCAUUAUUGGGGAGAGGAUCCAAAUGGAACGUGGGAAUUGUUAUUCCGGUCAUGUCAUGGCUUUUCAACAGUUAUUGUGAAAGAAUGGAGUAUUACGUUGUAUGGUACUAAGACAGAUCCAUAUCUUGGUGACAAUCAAUUGUUGACGGACAAUCAAAGAAUAAAUCAAAACGAUGGUUCCAACGACACGUAUAUUAUACUCGGAGCAGUGCUAGGACUAUCUACUCUUCUGGCUUUUGGAAUCAUCUUAUUAAAAAAGAAAUCAGUGUCUACAAUUGUACCAUCUAAAUCAAUCUCAAAGGAAUCAACUUGUAAAAUCAUCAGUCAUACGAAAUCUACAGUUGUACCACAGUUAUGA